AUGCGGGGCGCAUCACUCCUGUUGCUAGCCUCCCUUAUUUUCCCCUCUGGGGAAGCUCUGUGGCUUCGCAAGAGAGAUGUGCCGGCAGUCGUAGGGUUAGAUAUUCAGCGCAAGCAUGUGUCUGAUCCGGCUGGGAGAGACCGCUUGAGGAGAAAACGGGACAAAGUGGUUAGCCAGUCGCUUGAUAAUGAGGAAACUCUAUACUUCUGUAACAUUACACUUGGAACGCCUCCGCAAAAGCUACGCUUAACUCUCGAUACUGGAAGCAGUGAUUUGUGGUGCAAUGCUGCCAGCUCCCGUCUCUGUAAAAGCAGAGGCGAUCCUUGUGACGUGUCUGGGACAUAUGACCCCCAUUCUUCAUCGACGUACAAGUUUGUCUCAUCGGAUUUUAACAUCUCGUAUGAAGAUGGAUCCGGUGCAUCCGGUGACUAUGUUACUGACACUCUUACGAUUGGCGGUGCAACGCUAAAGAAUUUCCAAUUCGGCGUUGGUUAUUCGUCAACCUCUCAAGAGGGCGUACUGGGGAUUGGAUAUGCCACCAAUGAAGUACAAGUCAAUCGAAAUGGAGGAUCCGCUUAUGCAAAUCUACCCAAGGCGAUGGUUGAUAAUGGACUGAUCAACUCCAACGCAUACAGUCUGUGGUUAAACGACUUGGAAGCGAGCACUGGAUCCAUUCUUUUCGGCGGAGUCAAUACCGAAAAGUUCAUUGGUGAGCUGGCGACAUUGCCUAUCCAGCGCGAGAAUGGCCAAUAUGUGGAGUUCAUCAUUGCACUUACUGGACUUGCGCUCAGCAAUGGCUCGACCAGUAAUACAUACAGAUCCGAUUCGCUCCCAGCUGCCGUACUCCUCGACUCUGGAAGUAGCCUGACAUACCUUCCGGAUUCGCUGGUCCAGAGCAUUUACAAUGACCUGGAAGUGAAUUACGAUUCCUCAAGUGGAACAGGGUACGUCCCAUGUUCUAUGGUGAACCAAGAUAUCAACUUAAACUUCACGUUUUCCGGUCCUUCGAUUCCAGUCGGUAUCAAUGAGCUCGUCUUGGACCCGGGAACCGGGCUUACAUUUUCCGAUGGCACGGCGGCAUGCGUUUUUGGCAUUGCUCCCGCAGGUGACAGUACCGCAGUCUUAGGAGAUACUUUCCUACGCAGCGCAUACGUAGUGUAUGACCUCGAGAACAACGAAAUAUCGUUGGCAAAAACCAACUUCAACUCAACAAAGGACAACAUCUUGGAGAUCGGAACAGGCACGGCCGCUGUACCCGAUGCCACUGCAGUUUCCAACCCAGUCACAUCAGUUGCAAUUGGGGCAGGGGGGGCCAGGAUCGGGGGCCCAUCAGGAACUGGCAUUGUGUUCCCUGGUGCCCCUGCAUCUGCUACUAGCAACGCUGCAGCCGUUAUGCCGACAAGUAUUCCAAGGCAUCUAGCUGCCGGGAUUGCAGGAGCCGGGCUUCUGCUAGCUAUUUAA